GCACUUGGGGUCUAAUUGAAUGCUAACUAUUAACUCGUACCAUGGACGGAAGUUGUGUUCGAGUUGACCCUCCGUUUGUCGACUUCAGCGACGUGAAAGCCGGCCAGGUGUACAAGAUAACAGUCACGGCAACAAAUGUCGGGAAAACUUCCAAGAAAAUAAUUAUUGAAAAGCCCACGUUAAAGUUGUUCAAGUUCACAGCAGCUGCUCCAGCUGCCUUGGCAGUGGCUCCGGGUCUGUCUGUAAGCGGUGUGCUGCAGUUCACCCCAGAGGAAGAGGAGGAGGUCAGAGACUUCCUUCUGGUCCAUAUAGAUGAUGUGGAGACCAUUGAAAUCCCAUUGCUGGUGUUUCCCAGGGCUUGUUGCCUCCUAAUGGACUCAGUACUAGACUUUGGUUGUGUUGCUGCAAGCAGUCAGAUAAUCAGCAAACAGCAUCCCAUAACCAAUCAAGGAUCAGCACCAGGUGUGUUCCAUGUGCAGUACAGUGGAGACCCCUCAGUCAAACUGUCACCCUGUAGUGGAGUCAUUGCAGCUGGUGCCACGCAGUGGCUGAAAGUUGAACUGCGCACAGACAAACCCAGGAAGAUUGAGAAGACGGCCCUGGUAAAACUCCAGAAUCGCUCUGCUGUAGCUUUUAGUAUCAGGGCUGAGGUGGUGGACCAGCGGCUUGAGGUCUUUGACCUGCAGGGGGCUCCACUCUCCUGUCUGUGGUUUGGACCUGUGUACUUUGGGACAUCCCGUGUGGAGAAUGUGGUUCUGAGAAACAGUGCCCCUCAGGCCUGCGACUGGGUCUGCCUGCUCCAGGAUACUGCCGUUGGGACUGAAGAGGGAACAGAUCUCCUAAAGAGCACAGACGCUGCCCUGCUGGAGAGAAUGGAGAAGUGCAGCUCAGUGUCUCAGGAUGUCUCUCAGGUCUUGGCGUGCGUCCCUAAACAAGGUCGACUGGGACCAUAUGACAGAACCACUGUGUCAGUAUGCUUCAGCCCCAUUUGUAAGAGUACAACAGAAAAGAAGAAGCGUGAUUGCGCAGCCUGCCGGCAAGACUAUUGUCUUUUCCUGCUAUUUGAGUCAGUGGGGAGCAGACAUGGCUUCACUCACCACAAUGGUAACAGCAGUGUGGAGCUGGCAGUGACAGGCUCUGGGCUGCCUGUGUCUCUGGUACCCAGUCCCUCUCAAAGAUUUGAUUUCCUGACCUGUGUCAUAGGCCAACGUGUGGAUCUGCUGUGUGUGCUGCAGAACCUCUGCCCUCAACUUCCCGUCACCUUCCGCUUCCGCAAGUUAGCCCAUUUCACCACCGAGCCCUCCACAGGCACUGUAGCCCCUGGGCAGUGCCAGGAUGUAGUUUUAUCUUUCACUGCACGGCAGCAGGGGAGCUUCCAGGUCCGUCAGAUUUUAGAUGUCUUAGGUCAUGUUGUUUGCCAGAGCAGUGACAACACAGAUUCUACUGAACUUGAACUUCGCAGCUUCCACACAGUCACUCUACACUUGUCUGCUGUGGCCAAACUUAAUCCAGGCAUCAUUCCAGCAGUGACCGGUCGAACUGGGUCACAGCCCCACGUACGGCCCAGUGAACUGGCUCGUUGUCAUGUGAUGGAACGGGUUUCUGAGGUCAGCAGUGAAAAAGCACGUCUUCAUGUGCGUCACAGAAAGAGGAGUCAAAACACAGAGGAGUUUCUGGCCUUUCCUAGCGACCAGGCCACUAGCAUCAGGCCAGUCUCUUCACACAGACAGUACAGGACCAUCUUCACAUCUGUGCCCCGCCACGUGGACACCAGUUAUGCUUUCACUGCUGAGGAGGAGGAGCAGAAACAACGAAAUCAACAGAUUUAUGCAGACUUCAUCAAACAGCUCAGGCAAACACGGCUGUCAAGGAUCAACGAGAGACAGCAAGAAAAAGUGGAGCACGAAGUUGACAUUGGGAUUGUUCCUUCUCAAGGACUUGUUCCCCCUAAGCUCCGUAUCAGUGACAUGAUCUCAGAGCCAGUCUACAGCGGUGCUUCCCCAGGAAUCAAAUGCAACCGCCCCAAAGACAUGACAUCCUCCACCAGUCAGGUUUCAGAGGUAAUGAGUGCAGUUCCCUCGAACAGCAAGGAGGUGGCAGACUGCAGCAGGACUCUGACGGCUCAGGAGCUCUACCAAGUCGUCACAGGUCCGUCGUUAGUGGACUUUGGUGAGGUGUGCAUUCAAUCGAUUUGUGUUCAGAAGCUGGAGCUGAUCAAUCAUCUGUCAGCGUACGUUUGGGUGCAGCUUGAGGUGGACAGCCCUGAGCUGCAGGGCUCCUCACCCCUCUCCCACGUCCUGCCACCGUGCUCCCACAACACCUUUCCACUGAUGUUUCAGAGCAGCAAGCUGGGGCCCUUCUACAGACCUGUGUCCUACUCUGUAAACCAGCAGCACCCUGGUCAGAUACUGGUCCAGGCCCAGGUUGUCCCCUUGGCUCUGGAAUUAUCCACCCCCCUACUGGUGCUCCGCCCCACCCCUACCCUCCUCGCCCAAUCAGGAUAUAGAAGUUCAGUUACCCUACGAAACCAGCGUAACCAUGCCGCGGAGUUCACAUGGAGACCAGUAGUCACAGAGAGCGGCAUCCUGUUCUCUGUUCGACCAGCUACAGGUACAGUGGAGCCAUACAGGGAAUUGGACUGUGAGGUGGUAUGGCAUCCCUCCUUCUCUGCCCCUGCAGAAGGAGACUUUGACUUAUGUGUCGAAGAGGGCAACACACAACGCCUACACUGUGUUGCCAAGGUUGGAUUCACUUCUGUCGAGCUGGCAGAGACACGUGUGAUAUUUGGAUCAGUGCCUCUUAACAUGCCUUCUACCAGAACUGCAAUCUUACACAACACUGGACAGAACCAUGCCUACUACCAGGUGCAAGAUGUGUUCCCUCUGCCAGGCAUGGUGAUAAGUCCAUCUGAGGGCGUGGUGCCGAGUGGGGGACAGGCCGCGCUCAAGAUCCACUUCAGCCCUGACUCUGUCAUCAAGUUUGACACCAGAGUUGAGAUAGCUGUGAGGAACAUGAAAUCCAUUGAGCUCAGAGUGGGUGGAUCAGUGGAGCCUCCAAAUGUAGACAUCAGUGUGUCCCGUUUCCAGUUCUACGGGGUCCAUGCUGGUUCUUGGCGAGCGAUACCGUUCACUGUAACAAACCGCUCGCCAGCUGCAGCCCGGGUCACCUUUGACCUGUCACAAUAUGCAGACUUCUCUCUCCAGCUCCCUCAGCCCUCAGCUACAGAGAAGGAGCCGGGUGUGAGUGUUCUGGAAGUGCAGGGCCACCAGACCGUGGACUGCUCUCUUGUCUUCUCACCCACCCAGGCAGCCAGUUAUGACUUUGACCUGCCGCUGAUGGUCAAUGGAGUGAGAUGGCCCACUGUUUCUCCGUCUCCAUUCCCCACUCCGACCUCCUCAUCCUCCACCUCUUCCUCGCUGUCAGUUGUCAGCUGGAAGCACAUGGACGAACCGCUUUCCCACUCUGUCACCAAGGUGACACAACGGUCACAGCGCAUACAGGCCACAGUGCUGUGCUCCCUGCUGGAAAUGUCCCCCUCUAGCCUACUGUUCCAUGUGGAACCUUUGGCACCACAGCCUGAUGCUUACACUAAGACAGUGGAACUGAAAGCAGUGUGUGAAGAGAGUGUGUAUUGGCGCGGUGUCAUCAGGCAGCGCUUACACUGGUGGAUUAACUGCAGUGCAAUAGCAGCACUGACAGUGGACAGAGGAGAGGGAGAGCUUUGUACAGUGGCUCCAUCAUCUGGCAGUCUGGGGCCCAGCCAGUCCAUCUGCUUAGCAGUCAGCAUCAGGCCUGAGGCCAUCAGAACAGUGUCUGGCAGAUUAAUCAGAUUGUCCCUCCCUCUUUUCGUGGGAGAUGAGGCCAUGGUGGAAGAGGAGGGACAUCAGCCCUACCGAGAGCUGUCCAUCACCAUUACUCUCCAGCAUCCCAGGAUCACCAUCCACCCCCCUCAAAUUCUUCUUACCCCAGUGCCCCUGAAAAGCAUUGCUACGACCACAGUCACCCUGUUGGCUGUCGGAUAUCCAAGUGGAACCAGGGUGUCAGCUGAAGUGGAUGAGGUGGCACUGGAGGAUGGGACAAAGAUACAACCUGUUUCUGUCAUCUUUCCUGAGGGUGACUCCAUCCCUGCCCAAAACCAGAACCAGAGACAUCCAGUAGGCAUCUAUGGCCAGGAGGCCAAUGUGACCCCUCUGAUCUGCAGUGUGUCCUUCUGUUCUGCCGUUCCUUUGUCCCUCUCCACAACUAUCACAUUCACUGACCACUUCCACAACAGGUUUAAGGUUAAAUUGUGUGCUAUCUCUGACAACUCUCUGUUGACGGCCUGGCCCUACAUGGCCCUGCACCGCUCUGAGCAACAGAUAGUUCUCAAGACUGGAGCCACAGCAGUGGAGGCGAUCCUUCAGCGCUAUCACACACCGAGUCCUGCUUCCGGCCCAGCAUCAUCCUCCUCCUCCUCAUUCGAUCACAACAGCUCAACAAACAAGAACUCAUCAUCAGACUCUGACAGUGUGAGUGGCCAGACCAGCAGGGACGAAGAAGUCUCUUCAGACAGACACACUGAGACCAAUGUUGGCAUCCAAGAAUUCCCCACUGCCAACCCAGACGAAGGGCUAUAUCAAAAGACUGUAUUACUGGCUGUGGAGAGGUGGUUCAGUUUCUUUGGCUGGCCGGGUGGACCACACCCUAUCUCUGUGCCACACACACUAAGAAGAGUUGUGUCAAAAAUUCAAAUGAAUCAUUCCAGUGGACGGGCUUACCGUGUCAGUCAAAAUAAAGACCACAGGUCUGUAGUGGACAUGCUUCAUCACCUGACUGGCAAACAGAUUCCUGGUAUUCCUCGCUGUCAGACAUUGUCCAGUGAUAAAGACCAGCGCACUAAUCAGCUGUUACAACAGCAUGAAGCUAUGCUUGCUUUUCUCAGGUUGCAGGGAGCCUGUCUGAGCCACAUCAGACCAGAGUACUUGCUAGAUGUCCAGGAGUUCAAACACUGGUGCUCCCUGCGGUCAGGUGAUGAAGAACAUGCUCAGGACUACACCAAUGUUGACUAUGAGUCUCUGAGCAAACGAUCCUGGACUGACGUGCUGCUACAAAUAUACAAGGUGUUUGUCUUGUGUCGUGUGUCAGAGAGUCCUCUGGACACAAUUCUGAACCAGGAAGACGUAGAUGGAGUCCUCCCUGUCCUCUCACCGCCACUGGCCAGUAAUGUCUACUCUGCCUGCGAGCUCCAGCUGCUCUCAUGGCUCAACAAGCAUUACCAGAGCAUGAGGACAACUGUUUGGAGCACAGGUCAGGUCCCAUCAGCGCGCUGGAUCGUGAACUUUGACCUGGACUUGACAGAUGGACUGGUGCUGGCUGCUGUGCUUGCUGCGUACUGUCCUUACCUGAUCUGCAGCCACUUCCGCAGGAUGUACACCACAGCCAGCAGCCUGGAGGAGAUCCUCCACAACAACAUCGUAGUGGCCCAGUCCUUAACUGCUCUUUCUCUCAACAUAGAUAUACAGCCCACAGACUUGUCAGAUCCUAAUCCAGUGCAGAUGCUAAUGCUGUGUGUUCAUCUGUAUGAGAGACUGCCUCAGUAUGUACCAUUACACACCAUCACGCUAUCAGGCGGCCUGCACAGCACUUUCAGCAAGCAGGUGCGGCUGAAAAGCCCAUCGUCUAAGCCUGUCAAAUACCAGGCCUUUCUUUUAGGAGAGGACGCCCAUCUCUUCUCCCUCCCUGAUGGAUCUGCUGUCACCAUUCCUCCAAAGGCGAGCGCUGAACUGACCGUCCAGUAUAGCUGCUCCUUCCUGCAGCCCAUGGAGGCAGCCCUUCUGCUCAUCCCCAGCUCUGUUUUUGGUCUGCGUGGCACCGCUCUUGCCUUCAAUCUGAAGACCCAUAUCAGUCACAUCACACCAACAAACACUGUCAAGUGCGUGUCUCCAUGUUACCAGCUCAGAGGGAUCCAACUGCCAGUAACUAAUGCUUUCAGCAAGGAAGCUAAGUUCUGGGUGGUGCUGGUGGAGUCUACGUUCAACCCACUGGAGCCAGAAAAGAGAAAAGACAGCCUCGUUCAACAGGCCUCCUCCAAGGCCAAGUAACAUGUGCACUGUAUACACUCUCAGCACAGGGACAUAUACACACACACUAAUACACACACACACAAUCAAAGUGAGUUCCUGAGUGCAGUGAGCAGUGUUGUUCUGAAGUCAGGCCAAACAGACACUCUGAACAUCCACUACCUGCCCUUCUACCCAGGCACCAAGUACUGCUCUGUGCUGCUGGUUUGUCCUCAGGUCGGAGAUAUUGUCUACAUGGUGGAGGCUACAGCAGAAUUGCCUCUCCCUUCCCCUCUCACUGCCAGGCCCAGCUCUAACAUAACCUCCAUCCCCAGCAACUCUGACCCGCCUAUGUGUGUGUCAGUGCUAAGCCUACGCUGCAGGGUGGAUCAGGUGUGUGAGGAGGUGGUGCGUGUGCCACUGAUUAAUAUGGCCUGGGAACACGCUCUGGCCAUCUGGGGUCAGCACUGCAUGAGCGCAGACGAACACAGGAGGAGGAUGCUAACACACACUAUGUUUAGCAGCACUCUGAUGAAAGGCGCUGACCACAGUAAAGUCUUAACAUAUAGUGUGGAGGUUUCUUUGCCACAAUACUUCACUUUACCCAGUACUGUUGAAAUACCAGUAAAAGAGGACACCAGUAUACCAUGGGAGAAUCCUGCAGACUGUGGCUGUGUGGACAUCCCAUUACGGUUCCGGGCAGACCGUGUGGGGCAGUUUACAUGUCAGGUGGUCCUGAAGUCUUGGUGUGACACCAGGGUCUACAUGCUGGAGGCACUGGUUACUUCACAGAGAGGAUCCAUUCACCUGGAAUUCAGUUCACCUGCUCACCAUUCAGUCACACAAGACAUACCUGUGGACAAUGAGACCCACCAAGACUGGAACAUGCGAGCUGAGGUGUGUGGUGAAGGAUUCUCUGGUCCAAAGGUUUUGAACAUACCAGCUGGAACAAGAGCCCGCUACCCUCUCUCCUUUCACCCUUCUGCACAAUGCAUUGUCAUGGGCAAGCUGUCCUUACAUAAUGACUGUGACGGUACCGAGCAUGUGUUUACCCUCAGAGGAGUGGGAGAGCAGCCCCUGCCUGUGGACCAUGUGGUAUUACACUGCCCUGUUGGAAAGACCACACACGCUCAGCUGGACGUCCCUAACUACAGCCAGAACGAACUCACUCUCAAGGUGGUGACAGAUCUGUCUGUUGUGAGUGGCACCCCCUCCUUGGAGAUUAAACCUGGUCACGCGGCUCCAUACACCCUGGCUGUGUCACCGUGGAAACGAGGAAAACAGAUAGGUUGUGUGUCGUUUGGAGAAACCGAUGACAUCCAAGAGGCAGACAAAGACAGAGGACAUGUACUCGGACGCUACGAGGUGUUCUUCUCUCUAGAGAUUAUUUGUGAGCCACCAGCACCUGUCAGGGUCAUAGAUGUACAGUGUGCUGCUCAGAGCUCCGUUGCCAUAGAGAUCCCUGUCAGUAACCCACGAGGAGAGCUGCUGAUGCUGGGCGUGGACCUGGAAGGAGACGACCUGAGUGGAGCCAACUGGGUUUCAGUUCCCCCACAGGGCACAGUCACUUACAAAGCUGUGUUCUCACCUGGCAGAGUAGGGAAGAGCACAGGCAGCGUGGUGUUCCAGUCAGAGCUGGUGGGGGAGAUCUGGUAUCAACUGGAGCUUUUUGCUCUUCCUCCUCCAGUCAUCACACUACCUCAGGCCUGCUGUCAGCUGGGAAAAUGGACCAGACAGACUAUUCCCCUGGUUAACCCAACAGCUGAGACCCUGGAACUGACUGUAGCCAACAGUAACCCCAGAAACUACACACUGGAAAUAGAUUCAGGAAGUACUCUUUUUGUGGAGCCCCGCUCCUCCACCCAGCUCGGUGUCUGUUUUAGGCCGUCAUCCAUCGGAGAGGGGAACCACACGGCAAAGAUCACUUUCACCUGCCCUCAGUUGCAGGAGUGGUGUGUGUUGUUGAGUGGGUGUGGCCUUCAUCCAGAAAGCGAGGAGCUGCUUCAAAUCUCAUCCGUGAUUGGCUCCAGCGCCUCCAUCGCCAUUCCCUUCACAAACCCCACUGAGCUCCCAGCCACGCUCAGUAUCACGCUCACAGAUAAGGACCCAAGUGGUGCCCCUGACUACCAUCAAGCCACUAGAGACAAGGAGAUCUUCUCCAUCCCUCUGAGCCAUACUGAAGGUAUACAUAUCAGCGAAGGGGCCAGUUUUGAUGUGCCUGUUGUGUUUGCGCCCAGCUCUAUGGAGUUAAAACAGGCCUGGCUCUGCAUCACUAUGAAGCAGCCCAUCAGCAGCCCAGGCACUAACAGCAGCCUCAGCACAGACGACAUGAGGUCAGGGCAGGAAUUGUCAGCCAUCUGCUGGAUUUACCCUCUCUGUGGGAUUCCCGUGGAAGCGCCUGUUGAGAACUCACCACUUGGCGUGGUCCGGUGUGAAGCGGGCUGCCAGCUGGAGAAGAACGUGGAUGUACUGCUCAGUGGAUGUGGGCCGGAGAAUUGGGACCAGAAAGGACAGGAAGUUUCCCAGAUGACAGCAGAAGACUUCCUUUGCCAGGUGCGUUCAGACAGCGAAGCAGAGCGCUCAGAGGUGGAGGACUGUCUUUCCGUCUCCAUCGAGGCAGCGAGGAGGGACGCUGAGACUGGCAAUGUAACGCUCACCCUUAAUCUAGUCUACACUCCCCCAAGGCCACGCAGGCACUCUGUGGUCCUAGCGGUGCAGUGUGUGUCCGGCAGGGUCUGGGAGUUUCCAGUGGAUCUCAUCGCCACGGAGCCUCAGGUGGAUGAUGUCAUCCUCAUUGAAGCCACUGAGUUGGGCAAGACUUCAGCUGUGGGCUUCCGCCUGACCAGCACCUCUAGGAGGCCAGAACCCUUCACUGUGGCGUUCCUGCCAGGCAGCAGCAGUGAGUUCACAGUGACUCCACCCUCAGGGAUGUUACCUCCUGCUGGUUCCAGCGGAGCCCUCAUCACUGUGUACUUCACACCCAGCACAAACAACAAGGAACACAAAGCAAGACUAACAGUUCAGGCAGCAGAGAUGCAGUGGACGUAUGAGGUGAGAGGGGAAACCCCCCAUGAUUCCCCAUUUCUUUGCACCACCACCACCACCACCAGCGGCAGCUCUUCCUUGCUUCAUUCGGCCAAGAAACGGCAGCAGAACUUUGUGUCCCGCAACCUUCGACUCCCCGCCCUGGCUAACUCGUCCCCUUUCAGAGUCCACAGAUAA